CAAAUAAACUCCAAUCUAUCGACCUUGACGGUUUAGAUUCAUCACCACACAACAAUCAAAAUGCGUUUCUCCGUUGCCACCGUUGCCCUCUUCGCCAGCCUCGUUGCUGCCAUCCCCCAGGAUGUCGAGACCGUCUACCAGACUGAGGAUGUGACCAUCAUCUCUUGCGCUCCCACCGUCACCAACUGCCCCGGACGUGUCCACUCGACCUCCACCCCCGAGGCUGUCGCUGCUACCACCACUGAGGGUGCCUCGCCCGUGGCUACCACCACCUCCGUUCCCGAGGUUGCUUCCUCCGUCCCUGAGCAGUCUACCUCCUCCGUCCCUGAGGGUGCUUCCGCCGUUGGUGCCACCGCUGCUCCCCAGGCUCCUGCUGGCAGCUCCCCCGCCGGUGGCUCGUCCGCUAGCGGUGCCGGCUCCGCUCCCUCGGCUCCCGCUGUUGUUCCCUCCGGUGCCUCUGCCGAGACUGCUGGUGGUGCUCCCCCCGCUGCUGCCAGCAACUCCGUUACUGUCAUCGCUGUGACCACCUGCGUGCCCACCGUCACCUACUCCACCGUCACUCUCGGUGCUGGUGCCACUGGCCUUCCUGGCAAGCCCGGCAGCGGCAAGCCCUCCAAGUCCGCUGCUCUGAUCCCCAGCGGUGCCGCCGCCAUCGGCAGCGGUUACCCCAGCGGCAGCGACAGCCCCUCCCCCUCUGCUGCUCUCUUCACCGGUGCCGCCAGCGCCAUCAACGGCAACUCUUUCGCCUUCGCUGGUGCCGCCGCCGUCGCCGCUCUUUUCCUUGCUUAGAUUCCCCAUUCUUGUCCAUAGUAUACCCCCGGGGUCCUUCGCGAGAGUCCGGCCGUCAAACUACGGGCGGGGAAAGUCAGUAAAUAAGGACGCGUGCCAAUGAAUGAAGAGAGUCGGGGUUUGUGCCAUAAUUAGUGUCGAGGUUUUGCUUUCUGGGAGAGAAAUCCGAUUCGUUGCUUGAAAUAUCCUUUUCUUUUUUUUCUCUCUUUUUUAUCUGCUCUUUGCCCCUUCUAACUUUCUCUCUACAUGCUUCCUGGAACGCCUUGGGGAGUGCAGGGAAGCCUUUUUGGUGGCUGGAUACGACUAAUGUAACCCAUGAAUUGCUUUCACAUACCCAAAUCUGAAGCAGUAAUAGAUUACUUUACCAAUGCUACUUUUUUUACCCUUCUA